CUCUAGAACUAGUAUGAGUUCGACAAUGGGAAGAAUCGCUACGUCCAGAAGCUUUGAGAAAAGGAGAGUUAUGGAAGUUUCUCCACUCCACAAACCGACGGUCUCCCCCUCUUUAUGACAGGAAAACACGUGAUAGCUCAAAAUACAGCUGCGAAACCGAAGGCCCCGUAAAGGAUUGGAGAUCAUGAGUUUCUCUUGAUGCUGCCACAUCUUCCCUGAGGCUAAUUUGGAGCAAGAUCUCUCAUCUCAAAGUACUUAUAACUUAAUAGGGUUUCGAAUUUUGGGAUUUGGAGGAUAGCCAUGGCCUGGUUUAGAGCUGGUUCUAAUGUGGCAAGAUUUGCUGUUAGGAGAGCUUUCUCGAAUACAUCCACUUAUAAGUGGCGAACACGGGCUGCUCCUGUGCAGUGUCGACAUUUCCAUGGUACAAUUUUUAGGGCAGAAAAAUCCACACCUGUGCCUCAUCCUGUGCCACUCUCAAGGCUGACCGAUAGCUUCUUGGAUGGGACAAGCAGUGUUUAUCUUGAAGAGCUCCAGAGAGCAUGGGAGCAGGAUCCCAGCAGUGUCGAUGAAUCGUGGGAUAAUUUCUUCAGGAAUUUUGUUGGCCAGGCGGACAUUUCGCCUGGAAUUUCUGGCCAAACAAUUCAGGAAAGCAUGAGGCUUAUGUUGCUUGUGAGAGCUUAUCAAGUUUAUGGUCACAUGAAAGCUAACUUGGAUCCUUUAGGAUUGGAAGAAAGGCCUAUUCCUGAUGAUCUAGAUCCAGCCUCUUAUGGAUUUACAGAAGCUGAUCUCGACAGAGAAUUCUUCAUAGGUGUUUGGAGGAUGUCAGGUUUCUUGUCUGAGAACCGCCCUGUGCAAACCUUGAGGGCGAUUUUGACAAGACUAGAACAAGCUUAUUGUGGAAAUAUUGGUUAUGAGUACAUGCAUAUAGCUGAUCGAGAAAAGUGUAACUGGCUCAGAGACAAGAUCGAGACUCCACUGCCAACUCAGUACAACCGCCAGCGGCGUGAGGUUAUACUCGACCGGCUUAUUUGGGGCACACAGUUUGAAAGUUUCUUGGCUGCUAAAUGGACAGCAGCCAAGAGGUUUGGGCUUGAAGGUUGUGAGACAUUGAUUCCUGGCAUGAAGGAGAUGUUUGAUAGGUCAGCAGAUCUUGGAGUGGAAAGCAUAGUCAUCGGCAUGUCCCACCGAGGGAGAUUGAAUGUUCUGGCUAAUGUUGUCCGGAAACCUCUUCGGCAGAUAUUUAGUGAGUUUGGAGGCAAUGCAAAGCCUGUGGAUGAGGUUGGUCUUUACACUGGAACUGGUGAUGUUAAAUACCACUUGGGAACUUCUUAUGAUAGGCCAACGAGAGGGGGUAAGAGAAUUCACUUGUCACUGGUUGCAAAUCCUAGUCAUUUAGAGGCUGUGGACCCUGUUGUAGUUGGAAAAACUAGAGCGAAACAAUACUAUUCUAACGACUCUAACAGAACAAAGAACAUGGGUAUUUUGAUCCACGGUGAUGGCAGCUUUGCUGGACAAGGAGUUGUGUAUGAGACCUUGCAUCUAAGCGCUCUUCCAAAUUAUACUACAGGGGGUACUAUCCAUAUUGUGGUGAACAAUCAAGUUGCAUUCACGACGGACCCAAGGUCAGGAAGGUCUUCACAGUAUUGUACAGAUGUUGCUAAAGCUCUGAGUGCUCCAAUCUUCCAUGUCAAUGGUGAUGAUGUUGAGGCUGUUGUUCAAGCCUGUGAGCUUGCAGCAGAAUGGCGUCAGACAUUCCAUACCGAUGUUGUAGUUGAUAUUGUGUGCUACCGUCGAUUUGGUCACAAUGAAAUUGAUGAACCGUCUUUCACUCAGCCCAAGAUGUAUAAGGUUAUCCGCAAGCAUCCUUCGGCGCUUCAGAUAUACCAAAACAAGCUUUUAGAAUCUGGCCAUGUUACAAAAGAAGAUAUCGAUAAGAUAAAUAACAAAGUUCUUUCAAUUCUCAAUGAAGAGUUUGUGGGCAGCAAAGACUAUGUGCCUCAAAAGAGGGACUGGCUUUCUGCUUACUGGGCUGGUUUUAAGUCUCCUGAACAGCUUUCCCGGAUCCGUAACACUGGCGUGAAGCCAGAGAUUUUGAAAAAUGUUGGCAAUGCUAUCACAGUCCUUCCAGAAAAUUUCAAAGCUCAUAGAGCAGUGAAGAGGAUAUUCGAAGAACGUGCAAAGAUGAUCGAGACAGGCGAGGGUAUUGACUGGGCUUUGGGAGAAGCACUUGCUUUUGCAACCUUGCUUGUGGAGGGGAAUCAUGUCAGGUUAAGUGGGCAGGAUGUUGAGCGAGGUACUUUCAGCCAUAGACAUGCCGUUGUUCAUGAUCAAGAAACAGUGGACAAAUAUUGUCCCUUGGAUCAUGUAAUGGAGAACCAAAACGAAGAGAUGUUUACUGUGAGCAAUAGCUCUCUGUCCGAGUUUGGAGUUUUGGGUUUUGAAUUAGGUUAUUCUAUGGAAAAUCCCAAUUCUCUGGUAUUAUGGGAAGCUCAAUUUGGCGACUUUGCCAACGGGGCUCAGGUGAUAUUCGACCAGUUUCUGAGCAGUGGAGAAGCCAAAUGGCUACGUCAAACUGGAUUAGUUGUCCUACUGCCUCAUGGAUAUGAUGGUCAAGGCCCUGAACACUCAAGUGCUCGUUUGGAACGUUACCUUCAGAUGAGCGAUGAUCAUCCCUAUGUUAUUCCAGAGAUGGAUCCAACUCUUAGAAAGCAGAUCCAGGAAUGCAAUUGGCAAGUGGUGAAUGUGACUACUCCCGCAAACUAUUUCCAUGUCUUGCGACGCCAGAUACACCGGGAGUUCCGCAAACCUCUUAUCGUUAUGUCUCCUAAAAAUUUGCUCCGCCACAAAGAUUGCAAGUCCAAUUUAUCCGAAUUUGAUGAUGUUAAGGGCCAUCCUGGUUUCGACAAACAAGGAACAAGGUUUAAACGUCUCAUAAAGGAUCAAAAUAAUCAUUCUGAUAUCGAAGAGAGUAUCAGACGCCUAAUCCUUUGCUCUGGAAAGGUCUAUUAUGAGCUCGACGAAGAGAGGAAGAAAGCUGAAGCAAAGGACAUCGCUAUCUGCCGAGUCGAGCAGCUUUGCCCCUUCCCCUAUGAUCUCAUCCAGCGUGAACUUAAGAGAUAUCCAAAUGCUGAAAUCGUCUGGUGUCAGGAAGAGCCGAUGAACAUGGGUGCAUACAACUACAUCAAGCCGCGUCUCGCGACUGCAAUGAAAGCACUCAGCAGAGGCACCACGGACAACAUAAUAUACGCGGGGCGUGCUCCCUCUGCAGCCACAGCAACCGGAUUCUACCAAGUUCACGUCAAAGAGCAAACCGAGCUCGUCCAGAAAGCCGUGGGAUCCAAUAACUAA